AUGAAUAUGUUGGAUGAUGAAGAUGACCAAAGCUUUCACGCUACGCGUGACGGCUACUCCCAUUUGAGCGAUGUCGAAUGGGAUGCGGUUGAACGAAUGGGUUCGACCAUGGGCAUCCAUGCUGUUAGCGUCAUGCUAGAGGCUCUCAAUAGAGAUGCCCAACAUGCUACUAUCGCCAAGUUCAUUCAAAAUGAACUUGACGCAGAACGCGAGAAAGUAGCCUUGCUUCACCAACAAGGUUCUCAACAAGCAGAGUUGUUGAGAGAACAAGGUGCUCAACAGUUUGAACUGUUGAGACAGCAGCAAGCUGCUGCUGGCGGGUCGAUGCACUCGCGUCGACCCGAGACUUUGAAGAUUGACAUCUCAAAGUAUAGAGGGGUCGAAGAAGACUCCCUCUUGAGAUGGUUCGUCGAGGUGGAUGACGCCAUAAGGGCGCGUCGCAUCGACGACGGGGAUAUGCAAGUUGCAUUUGCCCAGUCAAAUCUGGCAGGACGUGCCAAGACUUGGGCACUGGGGCUCAAGCUGCACGACCCAUACGCGUUUGGGUCGUUGGAAGUCUUCAAGUCGCGGCUCAGACAAACGUUUGAACCGCCUAGAGCUGAGUUCAGAGCUCGAACCGAACUCUUGAAGCUCAAGCAGGGUAAGCGUGAUGUGCACGCUUACGCUCAACAUAUACGACAUCUCACGAGUUGUAUAAGUUCCAAUCCGGUGGAUGAACACACGUUGGUUUCGGUGUUCAUGCAGGGUCUUGCGGAUGGUCCCGUCAAGACUCACCUGUUCCGGCUUGAACUAGAUUCACUAGAACAAGCCAUUUCCAUUGCGGAGCAGGAAGACUUCAGUCUGAGACAGGCUCGCGCCAGCUCGACAUCAUAUCGUCAACCGAGACGAUAUGACAACGGAGGUCCAGAGCCGAUGGAACUCUGUUAUGUAGAGAGCGAGAAGGUUCGCUCUACAGGCUACAAGAAGUUGCAGAGAUGCAACAGAUGUCAGAAGACAGGACACUACGCUUACGAGUGUAGUGCCCCUCGUCCAGUGUCUCGCGACACUGGGCGUAGUGACCGUCCACCCAUGAGAAAGGGGCAGGGACGAGGGUCCGCAGUUGGUGCAAAGACGCAACAACAGGAUGGACCGUCAAAAAACGGACAGGAUCAGUAG